UCUGGCAGUGUUUCUAGUUCAAUUGUGUAGUAAAGACGUCUCGCCUCAAAACGGAAUUUCGUUAAAAGUAUAAAUUUUUAAAAGCAAAGUAUAUGACCACCACAACAUUUUAGUCAUUCACUUAGUCAAAAGCAAUGUGGUAAUUUUGUUGUUGUGUGUGUGUUUUUUUUUUUAAGAAAAAUACUUAAUACAAAAAUAAUUAAAAGGAAUCUCUUAGACUUAUUAAAGUUAAAGAAAUUGAAAGGUGUCUUAGAGAGGCAAAAAACGGAAUUUAGAAAAUUUUAAAUAAAUUAAAAAAUAUAGAAAAACAAGUGCAAAAUACAGAUAAAUCAUUGGCAAAACAGAUUCUGUGGCCUAUGCCAAGGCGUUACGGCAUAAUAAAAUAUUUAAGAGCAAAGAAAAAAAGGAAGACAGUCUGUCUAUUGGAACGUGCAGGCACGAAUUGUUUAUGAAUAAAUUAUUGAAAAAAAAUACGAAAUUUCUUUAAAAUUUAGUAAAAUGUGAAAAAUAUAAAUUAAAGCUUAAAGAAAUAAGAAAAAACAUAAAGAAUUUAAAAGGCGAAGAGUAAAAAUUCUAUAUAAAAAUAUUCCAAGGGCAAAGCAAUUGUCAACAACCCAACCAUAUCUACUAACUGCAGUAGCAGCAGUCAGUGAUAUAAUUAAACAAAACAAGUGAGAUAAAAAUAUGCAGCAACAACAAACAAGUGUUAAAUACUGUUAAAUGAAAAGGAAAUAAAAAAGCAAAGUAUAUGUUAAGGGGCGUUUGAAAAAAAUAUAUAUACAGUUUAAAACGCCAUUUUACUACUAAUACAACUAAAAAUUUUAAUACUAAAUAUGUGUGUGGAAAUAAUUAAUCUAUAUUAGUGUUUGUUGUAAACGUGUCAAUGACAGUAUUUAACGUUAGUUAUGAAAAACGUGUGUUUACUUUACAACAAUCGAUAACUUACUGAAGCUUAAAAUAUAAGCGGCUGUAAAACUCUAGUUAGCUUUUUUACAGCAAGCACUGCCUUGGCAGCUGCCAACAACUAAUAAACAUAAAACAUUGUGAAAAAAAUGAAAUAUAUUUAGAAAAAAAAGUUAAAAAACGUGUGUAUUUGUAAAAAUAUUCCAGCUUGAAUACUGCUAAAGAAAACAGCCAGAAGAAGCAUAAAAUAAAGUAAAAUUAUACAAAAAAUCUCAAAAAAGAAAAAGUUGUUCUGUAUGUGUAAGUGAGUUUGUGUAUGUGUGUAGAAGAAUACUUUAAAAUACUUUUGAAUUAUUAAGAAAUGUUGGCAAAUGUAUGUCAGCCAACCCAACCAGCCACAACGGAUUACAACGAAACCCACAAAAACAACAAAUAAACUUUGUUGCCGUUUCUACUGCUGCUGUUGUUGUUGUUGUGACGCCAUUGUAAUUAAGGAUAUAACUCAUAUUCAGCACAAACAAACAACUACAAUAUUAAGCAUAUAAACAGACAACUGCAGAUUACAAGGACAAUCAAUAAUCAUACAAUGGACACAGGCUAUACAGCAGAAAAAUAAAAGCACAGAGCCACAAAAAUAAAUAAACAAAUGAAUGAAUAAAUAAAUAUUUUAUGAUUAAGCUAUAAAAAUAGCAACAACAACAAUAACAAUACCAAGACCACAAAGCCAACGAGAAAAAAAUAACAACAAAAUAUAUAUAAAUAAACAACAAAACGAAUAAAAGGAAAACCAUUUCAACCGCAAAUAAAAUAAAAAAAAACAACACAACACGACACCAGGACAUUCAUCAUUUGAGAAAGCCAAAGCCACCAGCAUCAGCAUGUUGUAUAACGAUUGCCUCCUGCUUUUACAUUGGCCUCAUCAUAUUUUACAAACAGUUCCAGUAUUAAUGAGAUGUAGCACUAGUCAUGCCACAGCAGUAGCAACAACAAACAGCACAAUCGCCAUUAGUAGCCUCCUGUAUAAAUAAAUAAACAAGGAUUCAUUUGUAAAUUGCCUAGAUCCUACAAAAAAAUCAAAAAGGAACAAACAAAGUAAAGCAGUGUAAGCAGACGGUGGCUAAAAGAGAGAGAGAGUGAAAAUUUUAAAUAAACAAUACAACUUUUGAAAUUGUUUUUGGUUUGUUGAUCCCCCUAAAAAAAUUUAGCCAGGUGUCGAAAUAAAAGAAACUUGGCAGCUUUUACCUUUUUUGGCAAAUAUUAUGGAAGCAUUUCAUUUUAAGCGUCCAACUCCCGCAGAGUCGCUCUUAAGCAGUAGAAGAAGCAGAAGGCCGGAUAUACAGAGAGGGUGUGCUAGUAGUGAUAGUGAAAUUAGAGCGGCGUCACUGGGAUGCAAUAAAAUUUUAACAACGACGACGAAAACGGAAACGACAUUAACUUCAAUAGAAACUAUAAAAUCAACAGUACUCACAUCAACAACAUCAUUGGCAUCGCCUUCAUCGGGGAGUAGUAGAACACAAAUACCACAACAUUUACUAUCACUAUCACUACCACCGCCACCAUCAUCGUCAUUAUCAUCAUCAGGCAUAUUCCCACAUAUACGACGUAGAAAUUUAUGGAGUUGUUUUCAUUUAAGACAUGAUUUAACCUGUAUUAUGAUGACAAUGUUGUUUGUUAUAUCAAUUGUAUUAUCGGGAAAUUCAGCUUUAGCCGCUCAAAGGGAAUCCUUUAAACCCAAAGAUACAAAUAGCAUCAAUAACAACAACAACAAUAAUAAUGCAAAUGCCAUAUUCAAUGAAAUUGGCAGUAGCAGUAGUGCGGGAGGCAGUGUUAAUGCUGGAGGUGGUGGUAGUAGUUUAAGUAGCAGCACCGGAAACGGAAAUGCUGUCAGCCAUAGUAAUGCCAAUAAUAUAAGCAACGGAAAUUCCAAUGUCAACAAUAAUAACAAAAAUAUUGGUUCGGGUACUUUAAGCACAUCACAAAAAACCACAACGAGUCUAACCACCAGCACAUCAACCAGUACCAGCACAUCAGCUGCUAAUGGUGGCAGUGGUUAUGCCACCACCACUUCUACGCACACCACCAGCUCUAGCUCCAGUUCCAGCUCGAGUGGUGGCAGCAGUAGCUCUCACAAAACAUCCAGCUCACAACGCAAUUCUAUAGAACUGCAGGAGACCCAACAGAAUGGUCCCUAUUUCGAUAAGGCUGCUUCAAAGAAUGUCACCGCUCUGUUGGGCAAGACAGCGUAUUUGAAUUGUCGUGUUAAAAAUCUAGGCAAUAAAACUAUGCUGCUUCAAGUCUCAUGGGUACGACAUCGUGAUAUACAUCUAUUAACUGUGGGUCGAUAUACAUACACAUCAGAUCAAAGAUUUCGUGCCAUACAUCAGCCACAAACAGAAGACUGGAUAUUACAGAUAAAGUAUCCACAGCAUAGAGAUUCGGGUAUAUAUGAGUGUCAAGUAUCUACUACGCCACACAUGAGUCAUUAUAUUCAUCUGAAUGUUGUGGAACCUUCUACGGAAAUUAUAGGGGCCCCUGAUCUUUAUAUAGAAAGUGGCUCUACUAUAAAUCUAACCUGCGUUAUUUUAAAUUCACCCGAACCGCCUGCCUAUAUAUUUUGGAAUCAUAAUAAUGCGAUUAUCAACUAUGAUUCACCGCGUGGCGGUGUUUCGGUUGUAACAAAUAAAGGCGAAACAACGACCUCCUUUCUAUUGAUCAAAUCUGCACGGCCAUCAGAUUCUGGCCAUUAUCAAUGCAAUCCAUCGAAUGCUAAACCAAAAAGUGUAACGGUUCACGUGCUCAAUGGUGUUUCUCAUUCUGUUUCCAGGGGAAUUCCCAGCAGCAAUGCAGCGCGCGGGACUAGCACUUCAUCGAAUGUCUCAAAGUCAUUAUAUCUUAGUGUACCUGUUAACGUACUUGUUUACCUUAGCAUAUGUCAGGCAAUACACAAAGCUACCGGCUGUAGUGUGUCGUGGUCUAAAAUCGGUGGUCAUGUGAUAGAAACAACCAUACAAUUGUUAGGAUUUAUGCUACUGACACUGAUGGCUGGCAUUUUCAAACUGUUAAGACAGCAAGCUAAAACAACAACAACAACGUACAGUUAUAAAAACAAUAAGAAAUUUAUAACAACAACAGCUGAGGCAGUGGUAGCAACAAAAGUGAAUAAAAACAGUAGCAGUAUAGAUUCAACAACAUGUUGUUAUUACAUGCAAUUGCGCGAAAAUUAUCAUAUGGCACGUACAGUAUUACAAUCCACAACUAACACCACCUCCAGCAGCAACAGAAUCAACACGAACACUUCAACAACAGCCAUUGUUAAAUCUACGUGUAAACGUCAAUCAUUGUCAGCGCCUUCACCAUCUCCAUCAACGUCGUUUCUAUUGUCGUCGUCAUCAUCAUUAUCACCAGCAUUAUCUGCAGCAUACACUCUGUCUUUCGCUGUAGAUAUUUGGUAUUACCUAUUGUAUUCUAAAGAAUAUAAUCUAUUUAAAAAAGCAACAUCAGCAACAGUUACAACAACAACAAUACCAGCAGCAGCAUCAUCAUUUUCAUCUACCCCCUGCUUGUUAGACACUUGUUGUAUUUCAACUCGCUGCUGUUGCAGUUGUAUUUCAACUUCAUGUUGUCGUUUAGCUGUUAUUAAACGUUUUUCUUCAUUUUCCUCAACUACUUCAGCAUAUUUCUGUGAAUCCGAUAUAAGGUGAGUCCAAUCUAUGGCCUGUACAAUACGAUGAUGUAUGUUUAAAUAUCCUCGCGCUCCUUUUUAUACUAGUAUUCUUACUAACUAAAUACUAAAACAAAAACUACUAACACUACCAAAAUUAAAUAAAAUUUAAACAACAACAUAAAAAGAUAAACUAACACUACUACGACUAAUAUUAAAAAAAAACAUCUAAAAUAUUAAUAAUAAUAUUAACAAUAAUUAAAGAAACUACUGAAUCUUAGCUCAUAUAACAACAUACUCGUAAAUGUGUAUUUCAAGAAUCGAAAAAAAACCCAAAUUAUAAGAAAACUAGGAAAUUUAUAUUAAAAAAAAAAAAUUACAGAAAAAACCAAACUGAAAAUAGCUUAAUCUAAAUUGUAAUAAAUUGUUCUAAAUUUAAGUUUAACACCUUGUUUUUGGAUGUUUUCUUUUGAUACUUAAGGUUAGA